AUUCUUUUCCAAAAAGGAAAAGGGGAGAUAAAUUUGGGACACAGUGAAAUGGAAAUAAUGAAGAUAUUAUGGGACGGAGUAAUUUUUAAAUAAUCCAUCAAUGCCCAAUUCAAUAACUCUCUUUGUGUAUAAGCAAGCCACCCGGCUGGGUAAAGAUGUGUUCUUGAUUCACGAAUGACUGCGUGGAGUUGCAAAUGAUCUUAUGUCUAAUAGAACUAUAGAAGUCCCUUCCAAGUUCCAAACUUCCAAUAUAAUACGGAGUAUGGCUUUGUGGUAGCAUGUAAAGUAAAAAGCCGCAGCUUAUGCUGUCUCAUUCGGCAGCAAAGUAUUGCCAUUUGGUCAUCCAGAAAAUCAGUAAACACACAUUCGCUGCAAGAGAGAACAAUCGUCACUAUAUACCAUCGCCAAGUCAACGAUAUGGUACGGAAAUUGAUCUUUUUCGGUCUUCCAAGCAGCUAAGUGAUCACAUGAAAAUGGGAAGGAUUCAAAACGCACAGAAGCUGUUUGACGAAAUGACUGUGAAGAACAUUGUGGUUUGGUCAAUAAUGGUCCACGGGUACUCAAAGAAUGGGUUCUAUGGAAAAGCUUUGAAAUGUUUUAGUACAUUGAGACAUUCCGGUCUGGUCCCGAAUUCUUUUACCUUUGUGGGAGUUCUUGUAGGCGUCUCUGGGCUUGAAGUCAUUGCACUUUGUCAAGUCAUUCACGGGCUUAUAGUGAAGACUGGGUGGGAGACUAACUCUGUUGUGGUCACUGCACUACUUAAUACUUACUCAAGGUGUUGGUCCAUAGGUGAUUCUUACAAGGUUUUCAAAACCAUAAAGCCCGAAAGCCAAGUUCCAUGGAAUGCAAUGAUGAGCGCAUUUGUGUAUAAUCAGCUUUUCGAAGAAGUAUUGUUCCUGUUUAACAGUUUCAGGGAGUCUGGUUUUGUUCCUAAUGCCGUGACAGUAAUGACUCUGAGCCAAGUUUGUGUUGCCAAAAAAUCUCAGCAUCUUUGUGAAUCAGUUCAUAGUUUUUGCAUUAAAUUUUGCCUGUUAUCUGAUAUGGAGGUCAGCAAUGCAAUCCUUUCCAUGUAUUCAAAUUUGACUGACUUAAAUGCUGCCAGACUAGUAUUCAAAUCAAUGGAAGAUAAAGAUGUUAUUACCUGGUCAACAAUGAUGGGGCUUUUGGUCCAACUGGAAUAUACCUCCGAUGCUAUAAAUCUUUUCUUUCAAAUGAGAGAUUUUGGAACCGGUUAUGAUGGAGGUGUCCUAGUGAAUCUCAUUUCAGCUUGUGGACUUAUGGGAAAUUUGAAAAUGGGAAAAUCUGUUCACGUCCAGACAAUCAUUAAUGGUUUUGGAUCAGACAUUCAACUGACUAAUUUCAUGAUAUCAAUGUAUGCAAGAUGUGCGGACCUUGAUUCUUGUACAUGUCUGUUUGACCAAACAACUAAGAAGAAUGUCAUUUCAUGGACAUGUAUGAUUUCUGGACUUCUGAUCAAUAGAAGGCCUAGGGAAGCACUUGACAUGUUCAUUGGUGCAAGAAAAAAAGAAAAUUUAUAUGCCGAUCCGAUACUUUUGGUAAAUGCUUUAGCUGCAGCAAGUGAAUUAGGUGCCUUAGACUUCUGCAUGCAGCUCCACUGCUAUGCUUUCCAAUCUGGAUUUAUACCCUACAGAUGUGUGCAAAAUUGUCUCAUUUCAGUUUACUCAAAGUGUGGGGAUGUGGAACUUGCCCGGAGUGUUUUUAUGCAAAUGACCUCUCUUUGUGAUAUUAUUUCUUGGAAUGCAAUGAUUUACGGGUAUGGGAUCAACGGCCAUGGAAAGACUGCUCUAUCACUUUUUAUUGAGUUCACGAAUUCGGGGGGAAUCCCUGAUUCCACCACUUACCUAUGUGUUAUGAGUGCUUGUAGCCGUGCAGACAUGAUAAACGAUGGUUUGAUUAUUUUCAGUAAGAUGCUCGAGGAAGAAAAAAUUAGAGUUUCUGAGGAGCACUAUGGAUGUCUUGUUGAUUUGCUGUCUCGAGCCGGUUACUUGUCUGAUGCCAGUGAGUUAAUGGAUGGAAGAGAUCGAAAUGCUUGGAAGGCUUUGUUGAAUGGGUGUAUGCUUCAUGAUGAUAUUAAACUGGCUGAGGUUGCUGCAAGAAGGUUGGAUAGAUUGGGCGAGUCAGACCAUGGAGAGGAUGUGGUGAUCAUGUCAAAUCUUUAUAAAUCAGUCGGGCGUUUUCAAGAUGCUGAAGCCUUGAGGUUGAACAUGGCGGGAAAGAAGUCGAUGAAAGAACCCGGGUUAAGCUAUCUUAGUGGUGGCAAUCGUAAUCUAUAUACUCGUGGCUGAAAUUUAUGCUAGUUCAACCCCAUGGGCAGAUUUAGAAACUAGUAUUAGGCAGAGCCGCAGAGGGGCAGGAAAGAUUGUGGUUGUUCGGUAGACUGAAUGAAGAAAAGGAAGUUUACCUAAAAAAUAGGAGUAUUAAAUUGCACUGAACUUCCCCACCAUAGCCCCAAUGUAAAUUCAUCUUGAUCAAGAAGAAUCAACGAAGAGCAUCUCCAAUGCUCCACUUUCGAUACUAAUAAAUUUAUGCCACAUCAUCAAAUUAAAAAGCCGUAUGAAAAAAACUUCUCCAAUGCAGUCUGUAUGCGUUGCAGUCAUGCGUACGUGUUGAAGAAAGUGUCAACCCCACUUUCUGAUUUUACAAAGCCAUUUACACUGGCUGAGUCAGCUAUUUGAAAUGUAUCACGUAAAAUCUGGACAUUCAAAUCAGAAUUUGGAUGAAAAAAGUGGUGCGGCUUUGUGUAAACGCCGGCAAAUCAGCAAUAUAUAUGCAGAUAUUAUUCCACACAUAUUCCCUCUAUAUCUCCGUUACUGCUACUCAAGAUGGUAGUGGUAGAAGUCUUGCAAGUUGCAACCCAAGAGACAAGAAAGGUAAUCCAUGGAAUAGCUUUCACAAAUCAUUAAGUCAAUUUUCUAUGCCAUGAUUUUCAGUUUGAUUGAGAUCAUGUAAACAAAUAACCUAGGGUGUGAAUUUGUUGUGAACAUCUCUUGAAGGAUUCCGAUUUGCAAAUUAGAAGAAUUAAUUGAAAGAGGUAAUUAUGCCGGAGAGGAGCGGUUGAAGUCGAGCAGGAAAAUAGCAGAGUAUUUUGCCGAUCGGGAAUCUUCUUUCUUUUAAAUUUCAUUCUAUUUAAUUUGUUUUAAUAAAUGUCACAUAAGAAAUACAGUUAUAGUUUGACGUUAUGGGCUGGAGAAGGUUUUACACUUUCAAUUUAUAAUGCUUCCACAUUUGCCUGAUGUGACUUGACAU